AUGGAGGCCGAUCUCAAGCAGAUCAACUACGCCUACAUGUCAACGGCUCCUGCCCAGGCUGAGAUAACAGCUCAGCCAACGCCGGCGCCGGCUGCAGUGAUGGUGCUCACUGCAAAUGCCGCACCGCCAUUGGGGCAUGAGCCGCAGCGCAUGACUUGCCCCAGUUGCCGCAAUGUGAUGCAAACGCGCCUGGCGCCGCGUGCGAAUAAGAACACGCACCUGUUGGCCCUGAUACUCUGCCUAACCGGGCUGGUCUGCCUGGUGCCGCUCCCGUAUUGCCUCAAGAGCUGCCGCAGCUUGGAUCAUUAUUGCAGCUGCUGUAACCAGUACCUGGGCAAAGCCGUCAACUAA